AGAAUUUUAAAAAUCCAUAAAAAAUCCUCCUGAGCCACCCUGUAACAUGGUCCCCUACUCCCUAUACAAACCACACUGUUCACAACUUAACAUUUUACAAAAUCCCAAAUUUUCAAAUUGUUUAUUUUAUUUUUACUGCUUCGGCUCGCAAGCGAAAAAAGUAAAGCAAAGAAGAAAUUUUGGAAGAGGGAGGGUUCAACGAUUGGAUUUGCGACACACGUGCGUCAGAUUGGGGAAGCUGAUCACCCAUUGAUCACUUACGCACAGAUAUAUAUUAGUCUUUUACCAUACCAUAAAAGAGGGAGAAAGAGAUUGAUUCAUCAAGAUUUGCGCCUUGGGCAAAAGGGAAAGAGAGAGAUCUUUGAUAUAUCAGCAAAUCAGGCUGAUUUAAGGGCGGCGAGAAUUUAUUGAUACGAUGUACCUCAUAUAAACAACCUCAGCAUUCAUACACAUGACCCGUUGUCCUUGAGCUCUUCGUUUACUCCUACCUCUCUUGUUGGCUUUGCUUGCUUUCUUCUUCUCUUCGUAAACCCAUAAAUUUAUUUUCUUUUUCUGUGUCUCUGACGCCACCCUCUGCUUGGUUUCUUGGGAUUUGGAUACCUUUUUCGAAUUAUAUUUCUGGGUUUUAUUUUUGUUAGUGAGUUUUGUUUGGUAAUUAAGAUUAAGCGUCAUCAAUGUCAUCAUAAAGUUGAGGAACUGGAAAUGGGAUGGGAACAGCAUGGAGUUCGAGGAAGGGGUGGAGAAGGAUAAGGAAGCAGGGGUUGUUGGUGUUCUUGUUCUUGUUGUCGUCUCAGUCCAAUGUUCAUUAAUGCUUUCUCCUUGUCUUCUUGCUGUUGCGAUUGCGUGUUCCAUUUUUUAGAAUUUUAGUGUAUUAAAAAAGAUUUUUUUUUCUCGUUUUUUGAAGUCACAAAUUACUUUUUCCGAACAAUAGCCAUUUCUUUGCCUCUGCUGUCGGUGUCUGGUCUGGGUUUGGACACACAGAGAGAAACAUUGUCGUUGGUAGUUGUACCUACUAUGGGCAGCUCCACAGCCACAAGGCACAAGGAACUUAGGCCAGCUUCUUGAGUUUGUUUGAAGGGGGAUUUUCCUGUUUGUUGUUACUUCUCUUCGGUGAGGGUAUUUUGGAGAAAAGAACAAAAAUGAAGUUUAUGAAGCUUGGCUCGAAGCCUGACGCCUUCCAAGCUGAUGGCAAAUGCAUCCGAUUAACCACAUGGUGUUUUCAUUACAAUUAUUAUUCUUUUAUGUUGGGAUGGAAGAGUGAAACAAGAGAUGGGGUAUCUGGGAGGUGGUCCAGCUGUUGAACCUGUCCUCUUAUUGAUGAGUUAGUGGUCCAAAUGUGGAAAAGCAUAUUGGAAGCAGGCCUUUAAUCAUCGUUGUAUGUCACAUCUGAUUUGGCAACAGAUGUCACCAUAAACAUUGGCCAAGUGAAAUUUUACCUUCACAAGAAAAAUAUUGCUAUAAUUACAAUUUCAUGGGAAUUAUGUAUGCAAAAUUUUGUCAAGUUCCCUCUAUUGUCUAAGAGCAACCGCAUGCAAAAACUAGUACUGAAAGCUAGUGAAGAGAAAUGUGAUGAAAUUAAUAUGGUUGAUUUUCCUGGUGGGCCAAAAUCAUUUGAAAUUUGUGCAAAGUUCUGCUAUGGGAUGAUCGUUACCUUAAAUGCUUACAAUAUUGUGGCUGCUCGUUGUGCGGCUGAAUACCUAGAGAUGACAGAGGAUGUUGAUCGAGGUAAUCUAAUUUUUAAAAUCGAAGUAUUUCUUAAUUCUAGUAUAUUCCGUAGCUGGAAAGAUUCCAUUAUUGUUCUACAAACCACCAAGUCUCUUCUACCAUCGUCUGAAAACCUGAAGAUCGUUGGAAGAUGCAUUGAUUCCAUUGCAUCAACAACCUCUGUGGAUCCGGCAAACAUCACAUGGUCCUACACAUAUAACCGAAAGUUAUCAGCACAGGAUGAAAUAGUUGACAAUGGUAUGAAAUUUCGGGAGAAGAUUGAAUCUGUCCCUAAGGAUUGGUGGGUUGAAGAUAUAUGUGAGCUAGAUAUUGAUCUCUACAAGCGAGUCAUGACUGCUGUGAAAUCAAAGGGAAGAAUGGAUGGUGCAGUCAUUGGUGAGGCACUGAAAACAUACGCCAUAAGAUGGUUGCCAGAUUCUGUUGAUGCCUUGGUCUCUGAUGUACAUUCCUGGAGGAAUAAAUUACUGGUGGAAACAAUUGUAUGCUUAUUGCCUUCAGAUAAGGGUGUGGGUUGUUCGUGUAGUUUCUUGCUGAAGCUGUUGAAAGUUGCCAUCUUGGUUGGGUUGGAUGAUUCAGCAAAGGAAGAUUUAGUGAAGAGGAUAAGUUUAAAGUUGCAUGAAGCUUUUGUCAAGGAUUUAUUAAUCCCAGCACGGUCUCCCCAAACUACCUUAUAUGAUGUUGAGAUGGUGCAGUCUAUUGUGAAUCAAUAUAUGAUGCAUGAAAAGCGUAGUCAAGAUUUAAAUGUUGAAAAGAAUAAGAUGGGAUGUACUGAUUUUAUUUUAGGGCAUGGAUCCUUGUUGAGUGUUGGUAAACUGAUUGAUGGGUAUCUAGAAGAAAUUGCAUGUGACCCAAAUCUGUCCGUUGCCAGUUUCAUUGACUUGUCUCAGUCUAUCCCUGAGUUUGCUAGACCAGUUCAUGAUGGGCUUUAUAAAGCCAUUGCCAUGUACCUAAAGGAGCAUCCAAGCUUGAUGAAGGCCGAAAAAAAGAAAAUGUGUGGGCUGAUGGAUGUCAAGAAAUUUACAAUGGAUGCGUCAAUGCAUGCUGCACAAAAUGAGAGACUUCCACUACGGGUUGUAGUUCAAGUUCUCUUCUUUGAGCAGGUUAGGGCUGGAGCUGGAGUUGGAUCACUUAACAACAAUCCUCUUGAUACCUCCCAUUCCACGACAAACACUGAUGAAGAAUGGGAGAAGACUGCAGCUGAAGAUUGCAACUCCCUCAAGAAACAAAUGAGUCAAAUUAAGAUAAAAGAGGAUGGAUUCCAAAAAAAGGGUAAAUUGUCCAAGAAGAAUAGCAAAAGCAGUAAAAGUGGCAUGAAGCUGUUGCCAUCUCGAUCUAGAAGAAUAUUUGACAAGUUGUGGGUUAUGGGAAAAGGGCACGCGGAAAACAGAAGUCCUGAGACCUCCGGAAGUUCGCAAAGCCCAACUUUGAUGGUUCCUGGGAAUGCAACAAAGUCAUCUGGUUCAUAUUCUAGACACGGGAGGCAUUCUAUUUCCUAGAGAAGGAUGCUGAGGUUUAUUAGAACCUAAACAGGUAAAGAAGAUUCAAACUGUUGCAAGUGUAGAAAAGUGGUAGGAUUUUGUUGUAGUUAUGAUGGGGGUUGUCAGCUGUAGAAAAAUAUAGUCAGCUUUUUGGGUGCUUCUCUUUCUAACAUCUUCUUAUCCAAUUGUAUGAUCACUUAUCUUGAUAUUAAGUCUCAUGUAGUUAAUUGGCGGACUGCACUUGAAACUUUCUAUUCAUGGAUCGCCUUCUUGUUUAUCCUGAAGAGAUGUGCAACUGCUGUGUAACAUAGGCGUGGCCAUUUCCAUGCUACUUUCUCACCUAUCUUGGAAUAGCAAGUGGAGCAAAAAUGAAGGGAAGGCA